AUGUCCUAUGGCGGCUCCGGCUCGCCGGCGUGGCUGUGGCUGCACGGCGACCUCGAGCUCACCAUCCACGAGGCGCGCGGCCUCCCCAACAUGGACUUGCUCUCCACCAUCCUCCGCCGCCUCUGCCUCUGCCCACCACUGGCGGGGAUGACGCCGACGCGCCCACGCUCGCUGCCCGACGACGAGGACAGCGCUCACUGCGCCCACCCGCACCCGCACCUCCACAACCACCAUCUCCGCGGCCGGCUCCACCGUCACCACGAGCCCCAGCCGCACGGGCACCUCCUGCUCCCGACCUCGGACCCCUACGCGGCGGUGGUGGUGGCGGGGCCGCGCGAGACGACGGUGGCGCGCACCUACUUGUUCCGCAACUCGGAGGCGCCCAAGUGGGAGGCCAGCUUCCUGCUCCCUCUCGCGCACGCCGCCACCGGCCUCGAGUUCCACGUCAAGGACGCCGACCCCUUCGGCUCCGACCUCAUCGGCGUCGCCUCGCUGCCCGCCGCCGCCGACGCGCCCAUCGACAAACAGUGGCUCGACCUCGCCCGCCCCGACGGCCGCGGCCCGCCCAAGCCCGGUGGUGGGAGCGCCAUCUGCAUCUCCGCCACGUUCGUCCCCGCGGCUGCGGCGGCGUCCCGGCAGCGCUCCGGCGACCGCGGCGUGCCGGCCUACUUCCCGCUGCGGCGCGGCUGCGACGUGCGGCUGUACCAGGACGCGCACGUGGCCGACAGCGAGGUGGAGGGCGUCGGCGUCGGCCCUGGGUUCCGGCCCGGGCGGGUCCGGCUCCUGCGGGAGGCCAUGUCGCCGGAGAUGGCGGCCAAGGCGGCCGAGGUGGAGGAGCUCGGUGGAGAGCCCGUGGAGAACAUGAGCCUCGGCGAGCUGCUCAGGUACAAGUCCCAGGAGGGCGUCCGCGUGCUGCUCCUCGUCUGGGACGAUAAGACCUCGCACGACACCUUCUUCGUAAAGACGAGAGGAGUGAUGCAGACGCGCGACGAGGAGACGAACAAGUUCUUCGAGUACUCGUCAGUCAUCUGCGUGCUGUCGCCGCGUUACCCAAGCAGCAAGCUCGGACUCGUCAAACAAAAGGUGGUGGGGACGCUGUACACGCACCACCAGAAGUGCGUGCUCAUAGUCAUCGACACGCCGGCGUCCGAGUCCACCCGCCGGAUCACGGCCUUCCUCGGCGGCCUCGACCUCUGCGCCGGCCGCUACGACACGCCCAGCCACAGGCUCUUCCGCGACCUCAACACCGUCUUCUAG